UAUCUUUACCUCGUUCUCACCGUUCAUUUUCCCUUGUUACAGCAAAGUCCAUCAUGGCAACGUGGCAACCCCAACCGCAAGGUCUUUCUGAUCUCUUGCAGCUACUGAAGGAGGCUGUCAAUCCCAAUGCCAGUCAAACCGCUAUUACAGAAAAACUGGAGUACUUCAACAAAGUGCCUGAUUACAAUUCAUACCUCGUCUACAUUCUUACUCAGAUGCCACAAGAGGAUGCUUAUACUCGCACUCUUGCUGGCUUGAACCUCAAAAACAACAUCCGCACCUAUUUCAACACCAUUCCUCCCCCGGUUAUGGAAUAUGUAAAGGAGUGCUGUGUUCAACAUAUUGGUGAACCCGACACCAGCGUCCGUAAAGCUGUUGGUUUGGUCAUCACUGCUAUUGUUACGCGCGGACAGGUUCAUAACUGGCCACAAAUCCUCCAAAUCUUGAUGGAAAAAUUGGACAGCGCUGACGCUAAUCUUAUUGAAGGCGCGUUCGAUACGUUGAGAAAGAUAUGUGAAGACUCGCCUCGCGACUUGGAUCAGGAUAUUGAUGGCAUACGUCCACUUAAUUACAUGAUCCCAAAAUUUAUUUCUUUCUUCGACAACCCAAAUCCAAAAUUGCGAGUUCAUGCUAUCGCAGCCACCAACCAGUUCAUUAUGAUGCGUUCACAGUCUCUCAUGAUAAACAUCGAACAGUUUGUCAACGCUCUUUUCAGCAGAGCUUCCGAUGCUGAACCUGAAGUCAGAAGACACAUCUGUUCGGCCCUUGUCAUGCUUCUGGAAGUACGACCUGAUACCCUUAUUCCUCAGCUUCCCAACGUAGUCGAAUACAUGCUUUUCUCCACCCAAGAUCAGGAUGAACAAGUUGCCCUUGAGGCUUGCGAAUUCUGGUUGGCUUUUGCUGAACAGGACGAUCUGCGCGAAAACCUUCGUCCCUACUUACCUCGAGUCAUCCCUGUCUUGCUCUCAGGAAUGGUUUAUUCCGAGAUGGACUUGCUCACAUUGGGAGGCGAUGAAGAUGAUGCUCACAUUGAAGAUAGUGAGCAGGAUAUUAAGCCUAGAUUUCAUCGUGCAGCUGUUGUCGAACAUGAACACACCACAACUGCCACAAACGCUGAGCCUCAAAAGAAGCAACCAUCUGGUGGCGACGGAGAGGACGAUGAAGAUGAAGAUGAUGAAGAUGAUUUCGAUGACGAUGAGUUUUAUGAUGAAUGGAACUUGCGCAAGUGCUCUGCCGCCGCCCUUGAUGUCCUUGCUACUGCAUUCGAAGGUGACUUGGUCAAAAUCCUUCUUCCUCUUCUCAAGGAGCAAUUGUUCCAUGAAGAUUGGAAGCACCGUGAAUGCGGUAUUCUAGCUCUCGGAGCUGCUGCUGAAGGCGGCAUGGAUGAAGUUGCACCUCAUUUGCCUGAUCUCGUUCCUUACCUUGUCCGUAAUUUGAACGAUCCCAAACCCCUGGUCCGGUCUAUCUCGUGCUGGGCUCUCAGUCGCUAUGCUCGUUGGUGCGUUGAUGUUUUAGCAACCCCAGAUGGUCGUAAAUUGUUCUUCGAGCCAGUUGUUGAAGGCUUACUCAAGAGAGCUUUGGACAACAAUAAGAGAGUGCAAGAAGCAGCUUGCUCUGCCUUCGCCACUUUGGAAGAGGAAGCCACUUUGGAACUCGUACCUUACCUUCAACCCAUUCUUAUGAAUCUCUCUGCAGCUUUCAGCAAAUAUCAGCACAAGAACUUGCUUAUCUUGUACGAUGCUCUCGGUACUUUGGCCGAGAACGUUGGUCCUGCUCUCGCCGAACCUGCCUACAUCGAAUUGUUGAUGCCUCCAUUGAUUCAAAAAUGGCAAGAAGUGACAGACAAUGAUACUGAUUUGUUUCCUUUGCUUGAGUGUUUGACCUCAGUCAGCACCGCUCUUGGUGUCCACUUCAAGCCAUUUGCUGAACCUGUCUUCACCCGUUGCGUCAACCUUGUCUACAAAACUUUGGAAGGAUGCCAACUUGCUGCUCUUGACCCCACUCUUGAUCAGCCUGACAAAGAUUUCAUGAUUGUCGCUUUGGAUCUACUAUCUGGAAUUGUACAAGGUUUGAAUACUUCUGUCGAAAGCUUGGUCGCCAGUGCACGCCCCUCGCUGGUCCAAUUGUUGUCGAUGUGCAUAAACGAUCCCGUCCCAGAAGUUCGACAGUCUUCAUACGCUUUGUUAGGUGAUCUAGCAAUUUCUUGCUUCGAACAUGUACGCAGUGUUCUGCCCCAGUUCUUGCCACAUCUGUUGGAACAAGUUGACCCCACAUUUGAGCAUGUAUCAGUUUGUAACAACGCAGCUUGGGCAGCUGGUGAAAUUGCUUUGCAAUGGAAACAGGAAAUACAACCUUAUGUGGAAGCAUUAUUGCAACGACUGUUCCCACUAGUCCUUAACCAGGAGACCCCCAGAACUCUCCUCGAAAAUACCGCCAUUACAAUCGGUCGAUUAGGCUUCGUCUGUCCUACGAUUGUUGCUCCACAUUUGGAACUUUUCAUUCACGCAUGGCUCCAGGCACUCAACGACAUUCGUGAUAAUGAGGAAAAGGAAUCAGCUUUCAAUGGUCUUUGCGAAAUGAUCAAGGUUAACCCACAAGGUGUCGUGAAGGAAAUAUUAUUCUUCUGUAGCGCCGUCGCUAACUUCCAAUCCAUUACACCGCAUCUCCACGAGGCAUUCGGCAACAUCUUGGUCGGAUAUAAGAACAUGUUUGGAGCAGAGCAGUGGGAGCAGGCUUUGACUACUCUCCCCCCUCAAACGAGAACGGUGCUCGCUGAGCGCUAUGGCAUGUGAAGGCUUACCAGCUGAAUUGUAUUUUCUUUAGAUGGCUAUUUUUCAUGAAGCUUGCUUAGCUGGAGACCUUUCUUUUAUAUUCUCCAAACAUUGAAUGUUUCAUCAAGCAUAAGACUUAACAAUAAUUGAUAUGAUUUUUCAACCACCAAGAAAUGUAGAUUGCCCUUAUUGAAUGACUUUAUAUGAUCAUUUUCAUGUCUGCCUCAAGUGAUGGUUAAGAAAAAACGGAUUGCAAAAUUGAUUGUGACACUUUGAUGGGGGCCAGUUUGGCGCCAUUGGUGCGCGG